GUGGCGGCCGCGGCCCCAUGGGCGGGUGCGUGGGCGCCCAGCACGACUCCUCGGGCAGCCUCAACGAGAACUCGGACGGCACGGGAGUUGCUCUAGGUCGUAAUCAGCCUUUGAAAAAGGAGAAACCAAAAUGGAAAAGCGACUAUCCCAUGACAGAUGGACAACUGCGCAGCAAGAGGGAUGAAUUCUGGGACACUGCACCAGCUUUUGAAGGCCGGAAAGAGAUCUGGGAUGCCUUGAAGGCUGCUGCACAUGCUUUUGAAAGCAAUGAUCAUGAACUGGCACAGGCAAUCAUUGACGGUGCAAACAUAACGCUACCACAUGGUGCACUGACAGAGUGCUACGAUGAGCUGGGAAACCGGUACCAGCUGCCAGUCUACUGCCUGGCACCACCAAUCAACAUGAUAGAGGAAAAGAGUGACAUAGAGACUCUGGAUAUUCCUGAGCCACCUCCCAAUUCUGGACACGAAUCUCAGCUCCGUCUGCGGCUCUCCACAGGCAAAGACCUCAAGCUUGUGGUCCGCAGCACAGACACGGUGUUUCACAUGAAGAGGCGUUUACAUGCCACAGAGGGUGUGGAGCCAGGCAGCCAGCGGUGGUUCUUCUCUGGCAGGCCUCUCACUGAUAAGAUGAAGCUGGAGGAGCUGAAGAUCCCCAAGGACUAUGUGGUGCAGGUUAUAGUGAGCCAGCCUGUGCAAAACCCAACACCAGUGGAGAACUGAGCUGGGCUUGCCUUCUUCCAAGAUCCCUCGGCUCCUUUUUAUUGUUACCAUUUCCUACUCUAAGGCGUGAAAUUUAUUUUCACUGCUCUGAAUUCCCUAUGAAUGGAUUUAGUUCUGAGGAAUUACCAGUGAAAAAUUCCAUCUGUGAUGGAGACCAACAAAAAUAAUAAAACACACAGAGCCAGCCUCUGGUACUCUUAUAA